AUGGCGACAUUACGCGUAAAAGGAGACUCGCUGGUAACACUACUUUUUGCGACCUUUGUUUUUAUGACAGACGCACAAUAUGAAAACUAUAAGUUCAGGAAUUUUCCUAAAGAGGAUCUCGUGCCCCUCACCGCUGCAUAUGGAAAAGCGCUGGAUUAUUACGCAGCGGAAAACUGGACUGAAUCCAUCCAGUACUUGGAAUUAAGUCUGCGUUUGCACCGGCUUCUUAAAGACAGCGCGAGACACUGCGUGAGACAUUGCAAGACAAGCAAGCAUGAUGAGGAGUCUUUUGCUGGAGACCCGGAUCUCCGCAUCAGCUGGCACGUCAUGAUGAGGGCGACCUGUCAGAAGAAGUGCAGGACGCUUUUCCCCGCGCUGCAGCUGCCUCCUCCCAGCUUAGAGAUCCUGGAGGAUUUCAACAGAAGAUAUCCCUACAGAUACCUGCACUUUGCUCACUCAAAGCUGAAUGACCUGCAAAGAGCAGUCCCAUGUGCCCACACCUUCCUCCAGAGGAACCCUGAUGACCAGGAAAUGCAGCAGCUGAUGGAAGAGUACAAGAGCCAGUAUGACCUGAGCGGCUACCUCAUCGACUACGAAGAACGACCCUAUGAGAGCUCCUUUCUAAGAGGAGUGAAACUCGUGGGUUCGGGUGACUACAGUAGUGGUGUUCAAAAGCUGGAGGAGGCGUUGUGGAUCUACUUGCAGGAGUAUGACCUCUGUCAGGCCGAAUGUGAAGGGGUCACUCAACUUUCACCAGACGGGGACUUCUAUGCAGUCAUAGCAGAUGCCUACACAGAUGCAUUAAGGUGCAAGCUGAAGUGUGACGAAAACCUGACACCGAAUAUCGGGGGUUAUUUUGUAGAAAAAUUUGUGCCCACUAUUUACCAUUACCUACAGUAUGCCUAUUAUAAGCUGAACGAUGGUCGCAGUGCCCUGCCCUGUGCGUACAGCUACUUCCUGUUUGAGCCUGAGGACCCAGUCAUGAAGCAGAACCUGCUGUAUUAUAAAGCCUACAGUCAACAGUGGGGGCUUCAGUUCAACCACUUUACCCCCAGGACAGAGGCUUUCAAACACUACAACCAGACAAUCACACAAAAGAAGAUGCUGGCAUUUGCAGAAACAUACUUAGACUUGGCUGGUGAGGACUUUCUAGGACCAGAGGAGGCUGCACGCUUGGCCCCAGAGUCUCCUGAUGCUGAGUUCGAGGGUAUGGGAGAUUACGAGGAGUCCAUUUAUGCUAACUGGAAACAAAUGAAGGGCAAAGGGGAUGCCGGAGAGUCAGACAUCUGAAGAGUGCCGAGUGUGAGGA